ACGGAGCCUCAGUCCGUCUCUACCGGAGCAGCUCGGUGACACAACGGGCGAGAAACAUGAGUCGAGAUCGCCCCCGCGAAGGGUUCCAACAAGAAGGAAUAAAGAAUCUCCCCCAGCGACGAUAAGGAAAGAAGAGAACAAGGACGUCGAGUGUGUUGUGGAAGGAAAGAGAGAAGAAGACGAAGAAGAAGAAGACGAAGAAGAAGAAGAAGAAGAAGAAGAAGAAGAAGCGCCUCUUGACAGCAGACCAGGAACUCCUCUGGAUCUGUUUCUGUUGUUUCUGUUUUUCUCUUCGAAGAGUUUCUAGUUUUUAUUCCGCCGCAGUUUGACCGUUGUUGUUUUUUGGUUUUACCCCCUGACCGCCGGCCUCUCUGGACCGAGUCGCCCUGGGGACCAGUGGCCUGUGUAUGAAGCCCGUCACCGGCCUGUCGUGUUCGCCUCGGCGUCGUGCGGACACUUAUGUUUUUUGACCCCAGAUCCUGGAUCUAAACUUUCUGAACCAGAUCUCUUCCUCUGUGUUGAGGUGCUCGUGCCCCCCCCCCCCCCCCCCCCCCCCCCGCUCAUGAUGGUCCGUCGCUUGGUUCCUUCUGGCCCGUGAGUGUGGACCCCCCCCCCCUUCUGUCUGAAACAUCUUCACAGUUUGAUCACAGGUGUUGUUGUUGUCACAGGCACAAACUGUAGUGGAUUACAUUCUUAUCGGGGGCCAGCCACCUCUGACAGGGCAGGUGGGUGAGGUGAGGGGGGGAGCCUCUGUGUGAGUGUGUCACUUGUGUUAAUCUGAGUGAUAACAUCCCUCCACCCUGGUCCAGCCCCCCCCCCAAGCCCAGUAAUUGGAGCUAUUUUUAGGGAUGGGGUAAAAGCAGACAGCUGGAAACCCAACUCCCCUCCACCCCUGCUGUCACACCCCCUCGCCCAGCCCACCUGGCAGUAAUGCUGGGCGAACCUGGUUAGCACAGACUUAUAACCCACAGCUAGUUAAUGUGCUUCACUAAGUAGUCCCGAGAGAUAAACACGAGUUGGACGAACAUCUUCUGCUGAGUGAGAUGAGAUCUGUUGGAACCAGAGCGACCGUGGACUCGUGGUAGCGCAGCUGCACUGGACACAUUGACCCUGUUGUUCUGGAAUAUUUGACUUACAAGAUGUCUGAAGAUCUAUUACCUGUGAGCGUCUGGUCAAACCGGCCCAGGACUAAGUGAAGAUAUCAUAAGCAAGAAAGAGUCUAUGGCCUUUUACCCCUCGGACAUUUGGCUCUAACUCUUGAAUUUGAGUAGCCACCUGUUAGCGUAGUGGACUAGGACAAACCCUUUGACUUAUCUAGAACGUUGGUCACCAGCGAUCUGGAGUGGCACAAACCUCCAGCACAGAAAGAAAGAAUGCAUGAAACUGCCGAAACCAACAUAACGAAAAGCUAAAACCUGACUAACCAAAUAUUGUAUUUCCUCCCGCUCCCCCACACCCACAGAGAAACAGAAUAUAUAUGUAGAAUGAGAGAAUAUAUCUUAAGUGUAACUCCACAGAAGACAGAGAUUGCAUUCUUUAUAUUUUUACUUCAGAGAGACGAGCUGCCUGUACACCAGUUGGUUGCCUUAGAAACCACAGUCACAAAAAGAAUCUUACAAAAGAAAUAAGCCAGAGAAAGACGGUGCCUUUUGAUUGGUUGGUCGGUUUCCCACCAUUUCAAGAUUCAUUGAUUUUUAGUUGGAUGUAAAACUGUUGGAAGUGAACUCUGGGAUUGAAAACACGCCUGAUGACAGUUACCUGACCCCCCCUCACAAGCCCCGUCCACAAGUCAGUUUUGAUUGACAGUAUUUCCUCGCUGGAUUUGAACAAUUGCCAGACGUUUCCAUGGUGAUCACAACAUCAUCAUCAUCCGUGGAGGACAAGACCUUGCCCUCUUGCAGGAUGGUCCAAUCAGAACCCUGGAUCACGUCUGCCCUGCUUCGCAAGAACAAGAGUGUAAGCAGCUCAGGAUGUCCGCCCACCUCCUCCUCCUCCUCCUCCUCCUCCUCCUCCUCCUCCACUGCCCAGGGCUUCUCCCUCGCUGAGCCAGCCAUGACCAGCCAGCACACACAUACACACCCCACCUUCAGCUCCAUCCACUCCAUGGCCGAGCAGCAGCAGGUGCUGUCUGAUAUGACCAUACUCCAGCGGAGGAUCCCCCCUAGUUUCAGAGACCCUGCUAGCGCCCCACUGAGGAAACUCUCUGUGGACCUCAUCAAAACUUACAAGCACAUCAAUGAGGUGUACUAUACUAAGAAGAAGCGGCGGGCCCAGCAGGUCCCUCCAGAGGACAGCAGCACCAAGAAGGAGAGGAAAGUCUACAACGACGGCUAUGACGACGACAACUACGACUAUAUUGUGAAGAAUGGAGAGAAGUGGCUGGACCGCUAUGAGAUCGACUCGCUGAUCGGGAAGGGUUCCUUCGGACAGGUGGUGAAGGCCUACGACCACCACGAGCAGGAAUGGGUUGCCAUAAAGAUCAUCAAGAACAAAAAGGCAUUUCUAAACCAGGCACAGAUCGAACUACGCCUACUGGAGCUAAUGAACAAACAUGACACAGAGAUGAAAUAUUACAUAGUCCACCUGAAGCGUCACUUUAUGUUUAGGAACCAUCUCUGUCUGGUGUUUGAGCUGCUGAGCUACAACCUGUACGAUCUUCUGAGGAACACCAACUUCAGAGGCGUCUCGCUCAACCUCACCAGGAAGUUUGCGCAGCAGCUCUGUACAGCGUUAUUAUUCCUGGCCACUCCGGAGCUCUCAAUCAUCCACUGCGACCUGAAACCAGAGAACAUCCUUUUGUGUAACCCCAAGAGAUCGGCCAUUAAGAUCGUCGACUUCGGAUCCUCCUGUCAGCUCGGACAGAGGAUCUAUCAGUACAUCCAGAGCCGGUUCUACCGGUCCCCCGAAGUUCUGUUGGGAAUGCCGUACGACCUGGCGAUCGACAUGUGGUCUCUGGGAUGUAUCCUGGUGGAGAUGCACACAGGAGAGCCGCUCUUCAGCGGCUCCAACGAGGUCGACCAGAUGAAUAAGAUCGUGGAGGUUCUCGGCGUCCCGCCCAGCCACAUGCUCGAUGCAGCUCCUAAAGCCAGGAAGUAUUUUGACAAGCUGUCAGAUGGUCUGUGGACGGUGAAGAAGAACAAGGACAUCAAGAAGGAGUAUAAGCCUCCAGCCACGCGGCGUCUCCAUGAGAUUUUGGGGGUGGAGACUGGGGGCCCUGGGGGCAGGAGGGCGGGGGAGCCAGGACACGCCCCCUGUGACUACCUGAAGUUUAAAGACCUGAUUCUGCGUAUGUUGGACUAUGACCCCAAAAGCCGUAUCACGCCAUUCUACGCCCUGCAGCACAACUUCUUCAAGAAGACGACAGAUGAAGGAACCAACACCAGUUCAUCUACAUCCACCUCUCCUGCCAUGGACCACUCCCAUUCAACCUCCACUACUAGCUCUGUUUCUAGCUCUGGUGGAUCCAGUGGUUCUUCCAAUGACAACCGCAACUACCGCUACAGUAACCGCUACUACAACUCUGCUGUUACACAUUCAGACUAUGAGAUGACCAGCCCUCAGGCUCCCUCCCAGCAGCAGAUGAGGAUGUGGCCAGGCAGUGAUGGUGGAGGUGGGGGUCAGGACCCAACAUACACCCAGUUGCUUCUCCACAAGCCGGCUGCCUCCCAGCAACACCAGCGCCACUUCCUGGACGCGCCCCACCACCCCCACCCGACUUACUCCCACCACGGGAACGGCGGGCGCGGCCUGCGGCAGGGCGGACAGACAGGUAUCGGCGGAGGAGGGGGCCAGCAGGGAUCCUCGCCCCAGAUGAGUGACAGCAUGGAUGUGGGCGUGUCCCUAGGGCUGCACCACCUGGGGGCGGUGUCUUCCAUGGAGGCCUCUCAGUUUGGCUCGGCGUCCCUGCCCCUCGCGCUGCCAAUCGGACUGUCUGCCUUCCGGACUCGGACGGCCCCAACCGCCCCAGGGCCACAAGCCCCGACCCCUGAGGACUACUACCCUGCCUCCAACAACAAUAACCCUGCUGCGGGGGGCAGAGGGAGGCCGGACUCAGACGAGGGGCCAGCCAACUCUUGAUAAAACCUGAACCAUGCCCUAAAGCCAUACAAUUUUAACUACAACUACUACAACUACACACAUACAGCCAGAGUUCAGAGACAAAGAGGUGAACUUUGUACUGAAGGAGACAGUUUGUACUGCAUGAGAGGAGGAGGAGGAAGAGGAGGAUGCUGGGAAAAGAACUCUCCUUUUAUCCUGUUUUUAGUUUGUUGUCUUUUGUUGCAACUGUAAUUUGGAAAGGAAUGAUUGUGACAAAGUUUUGUUUUUAUUAAUAUUAUUAUUGUUGUUUAAUAUUUGAUUUUUUUUCUUUUCUUUUCUUUCUGGGGUUUGAGGAGUUGUGUGUUUCUACUUGUUUGUUGUUUGAGCCUGGAGAGGAGGAAGAGGAGGAUGAAGACGGACGAGAGAGGCUGUAACACCGGUUAGCUACCACGUUAGCAUUUUCAUAUUUGCAGCCCGUAGAGAAGAGCAGUCUUACCACACUCACAUAUAUAUAGUGGGUUUAUAUAUAUACUAUGUAUGUAUGUAUGUGUGUGUGACAUGUGUGUAUAUAUGUGUAUGUAUAUAUAUAUAUAUAUAUACGCACACAUGCUGCUGCAGCAAGAAGAAGCUGAAGCUGGUUUCUCGUGGAUUCUCUCUCCUGUCUGUUCGGUUCCUCGGUUCCUCCUGGUUCUCACAGUGUCGGGGGGGAGGGAGGGAGGUGGAGUUGGGAGAGGGUGACGGACACUGAUGCUCACAGGAAUCUCCUCCUUAUCCUCCUCUUCACCCCCCCCCCCCCCCCCCCCCCCCCCCCCCUCCUCCUCCUCCUCCUCCAGUGUUUCCUCCUUCAGACAGCUCCUCCUCUCUGUGCUGCUAAUCACCACGACAACUGGUCCGGAUUGCUGCUAAAAGAUCCAACACAGAUCAAUUAAAGAAAUAAAAAGAAAUAGAAACAGAAAUAAAGAGAGAAAAAAAAACUUUUUAACCCUUCUGCUUAAAGAGAAAAAGGAUAAAGUAAGAACCACUGCAUCUCAAUGUAUUUAUUACUAUUUAACAAGAAAAAACAAACUGAAAGUAACCCUUUUUUCUGCUCUUCUUUGUUUGGUUGCCUUCUUUCUGCAGGUGAGCUCUGAUUGGCUAUUGUAACAGUGACAGUGACUGGUGACAUGGGAAUGCCACCGGUUGUGGGGGCUGGGUGGAGGGGAGGGGUCGGGGCAAAAAUAAAGUUGGAUAUAUAAUAAGAAUAAAGAGUAUACUUUUGCACACCAAAGUCAAACGAA